CUUGAUUUAUUGAAUCUCAGAGAGAAGAAAGUAUUGCUUACUUCCUGGACCCUAGCGAGAUUGUAUCAUGGAGACGAAGCUGAUUGCUACCCACCUUCAACUUCUACAUGGAGACACGAUUCUAGUGAAUGGGAGGUGCUGGGAAGAUGCCAAAAGCUUUGUUGUGAAUCUGGGCCAAGACUGUGAAAACGUCGUCCUUCACUUCAACCCCCGCUUUAACUACCGGACCGAUGUAAACGUCAUUGUCUGCAACUUCAAGAAGCUCGGAAAGUGGGGAAAAGAGGAGAGACUAAACUUCUUCCCUUUUGAGCAAGGCGGCAAAGUCAAGAUCUCCUUCACCUUUCUUUCUUCAGAGAUAAAAGUCUUGGCAGAGGGCCACGAAUAUACCUUCCCCAACCGUGUGGGCCUGGAUGUCAUCAGCUACAUAGCAGUGCAAGGAGACAUUAAUCUCAGAGUCCUCAAACUUGUCCCCCCUCGUCCUGUGGAUGAAUAA